AUGGGGUUCAAACCUUUCCUUGGCCUUCGCGGUAAUGCUCUCAUCAGAGCAGCGGUGUGGCUCAUUGUAUGUCCGACUUUCACCUGCUAUGGGUACAACAUGAGUGUCGCUGGUGGUCUUUUGACGCUCGAUACGUUCAAUACUCAAUUUCCGCGAAUGGACACUAUCCACACGGAAGGUGCCUUGAAACAUGAGAAUUCGAACAUUCAAGGCACGGUGAUUGCUCUUUAUACGGUGGGAGGUAUCUUUGGAGCCCUCUCCUGCGUGUUUCUAGGAGAUAUGCUUGGACGAAAGAAGGUCAUCUUCUGGACCAAUUUAAUCUUCGUGAUUGGAGCCAUCUUGAUGGCAACUUCCUUCAAUUUUGCUCAGUUUAUCGUCGCAAGAAUCAUCAUUGGCUUGGGUAUUGGCGGCUAUACAGCCACCGUACCCGUCUGGCAGUCUGAGAUCUCGCCAGCUCACAAGCGCGGCUCGAAUGUCGUUACUGACGGUAUCUUCGUCGGCGCUGGUGUCACGCUGGCCCUAUGGGUCGACUUUGGUUUCUUCUUCGUAAAAGAGAAUUCUGUUUCUUGGCGGUUUCCUCUGGCGUUCCCGAUUGUGCUGUCAAUCAUUGCUAUGGCUUUCAUCCCAAUGAUGCCAGAAUCGCCCCGGUGGCUGAUCAAGACCAACCAACUCGAUAGAGCCCGCCAUGUGUUGUCUGCUCUACUGGACGUCGAGCCCGAGUCAGAUAUCAUCACCGACACUAUCCGUGACGUCGAAGCCACCCUUGCUCGCCUCUUCCACCGUGCCUACCUCGCCGCUACUGGGCAGAUGUUCCAGCAGAUGUGCGGAGUUAACAUGAUCACCUACUAUGCUCUGACAAUCUUCCAGGAAAACCUCGGACUGGAUCCCGUGAAAGCCCGAGUCGUCGCGGCUGCAAUGGGCCUCAUGCAGCCCUUCGGCGGAUUCUUGGCCUACACCACCAUCGACCGGCUCGGCCGCCGCCCACUCAUGCUCUGGUGCGCCGGCGCCAUGGCUGUCUGCAUGGCGUUCAUCUUCACAGCGGGCUACUCCGGCCUGACGUUCCUCUACGCCGCCGAGAUGGCGCCGUUGCAGGUCCGUGCGGCAGUCAGCGCUGUCUCCACCGCGACGGUGUGGGCGUUCAAUUUCCUGCUGGCGGAGAUCACGCCUAUUGGCUUUGCUACGAUCGGGUGGAAAUAUUACAUUGUGUUUGCGGUCGUGAACGCGGCGAUUGUGCCCUCUGUGUACUUCUUCUUCCCGGAGACCAAGGGCCGCUCGUUGGAAGAGAUUGAUGAGAUUUUUGCGCAGUCAAAGAAUAUCUUUGAUCCGCCUCGAGUGGCUCGGCGGAUGCAGAUCAUUCAGGCGGAUCAGACGGACUCGGAAGAGGGGGCGCGAGCAGCGAGUAUGUGA